ACCUUGCUCCUCGCCCGGAGAACAAACUCAACGGAGAUAGCGAAAGUACGUGCUCAGCGCCACCUGCGAGCCGCUCCACACACUUUAGCAUGGCUCGGAGGCCGAGAAACAGUGUUUACAGUAGUGAGGAGGAUGAGGAGGAGACCGAGAUGUACGAACACGAUUAUGAUGGAUCACUCGCCAAGGUGGGGAAACGCCACCUUGGCAAAACACGCUGGACACGAGAAGAGGAUGAGAAGUUGAAGAAACUUGUUGAACUUAAUGGAUCAGAAGACUGGAAACUCAUUGCAAGCUUAUUAACUAAUCGUACAGAUGUGCAGUGUCAGCACAGAUGGCAGAAGGUGCUGAACCCAGAACUCAUCAAAGGGCCCUGGACUAAAGAGGAGGACCAGAGGGUGAUUGAACUGGUCCAGAAGUAUGGAGCCAAACGCUGGUCGGUGAUUGCCAAGCACCUGAAGGGCCGAAUUGGCAAGCAGUGCCGCGAGCGCUGGCACAACCACCUGAACCCGGAGGUGAAGAAGACAUCGUGGACUGAGGAGGAGGACCGAAUCAUCUACCAGGCACACGAAAAGCUGGGCAAUCGCUGGGCUGAAAUCGCAAAGCUGCUCCCUGGCAGGACUGACAACGCCAUAAAGAACCACUGGAACUCCACCAUGAGGCGAAAGGUGGAGCAGGAGGGUUACCUUCAGAACACGUCAAAGAACAGCAACUCUUCACUCUCCAUCAGCCAUGGCUAUGUCAAGACCACCAAUCACAUAAUGGGUUUCCCCAACCACUCGCCCAAUCAAGCGCAGCUGCCGCCCUUGUCGCCACUCAACUACACCUACAUCUCCAACACACACAGAGUGCCCUUCCCCAUGGCCCUGCAUUUGAACAUCCUGAACAUUCCCCAGCAUGGAACUGCUGCUAUACAGAGACACUAUAGUGAGGAGGACCCUGAGAAGGAGCAGAGGGUGAAAGAGAUCGAAUUGCUGCUGAUGUCAACAGAAAAUGAACUGAGAGGCCAGCCAUCACUACCAAUGAAUUUGUGCUACCCGAGCUGGGCCAGCCAGAGCUCUUUGACCACCAGCUCAGAGGGUGUGGCUAUGUCGUUACCUCAUCACCAGGCAGCCGCCCCGGCCCUGCCUCUCGACCAGAGCUGCCUACCAGAGGAGAGCGCCUCCGCAACACGUGCUCACAGCAACAACAGCAGCAACAAUAACAACAACAACAACAACAGUAACAGUCAUCACAGUAACCCAGCGUUCUCAAAUACUAUUCCAGAGUUCAUGGAAUCUGUCAUUGAUUCAUUUCUCAACCAGUCAAUGAGCCCAGAACACUCCGACAACGACACUUUACCAAUGAACUCGCCUGUGGACUCCAAGCCUCUGAUCGACCACUCUGUCAGGCCUCAGAAAGAGAAUGAAAUGUUCAGAACUCCAAACAUUUGUCGUACGAUCCUGGAGUCAUCACCUUGCACACCCACACCUUUCAGGUCAGCUCUGGCCCUGCAGGAAGCCAAGUAUGGACCCCUCAAAAUACUGAAUACCCCUUUGGAGCAGCAGAUGGUCAACUCCAUCAAGCAGGAGCCGAUGGAGUGUGCCAUUGAGCAGCCUCCUCUGAAGAAGAUAAAACAAGAGGUGGAGUCCCCAUGUGAGAGGAGCCCGUGUAUGCAGUGGGAAGCACAAGACCUUCACACACAGCUCUUCUCCCCCAACGGGCCCGCACAAGAAGUACCCGACCUACUUACUAGCUCAUUAUUGAGUGAAGACGGACACAAAACCUACCACCUCCCUCACAGGGGCAUGGGCAGCCCACUACAGCAGCUCAGUACCUGGGAGCAGGCGACCUGUGGGAAGACGGAGGAGCAUGUUUUGGCCUCAGAGCAGAGCCACAAGUACAUCAACACUUACCCUACAAGGACACUGGUCAUGUAACAGAGACACAUGUUGAUCUGAAAACAUCAACAUUCCCUGCGCUGGACGCAGCGCAGCGGGCUACAUAUUUGUUGUGGUACAACAGUUGGGAGAGGCUCUAUGCCACUAGUGUUUUUACACUCACACUUGUUGGAUUUCAACCAACCAAAGACUAUAACUUUCUAGUUUUUUUUUACAUCUUUUACAUGGAAUUUACCUUGGGUUUUUAUAAAUGUUCGUCCUAUCACUUUUGAUCUUCCUGUUAUGUUGUUAUUAAUGUUGUGUUAUAAAUGGGAUAUGGUGGCUAUAUAAUUUGCGUUGGGCUGUAUUAUUAAUUCCGAAU